CAGCUGUAACAAGAGCCACUGUGGGUGGAAGAAUAUGUUUGCUGCAGCUCUCAGUUAGUAAAUGUCUCCUUUAUGACCUGAGAAAGAGGAGACAAAGAACAUUCCUUCUACCAGACAGAGUAUGAAUGGAGCACAGAUGGAUAAUAGUGAAGUUCCAGAUCUUGGCAUCAAUGUGCUCUCCACUAAUGGCAGCCAGGAGCCUCUCGGCCCAGGCCUCCUCAAGGUUUCAGGCCUAGAGCGGAGUCAGGAAAGGAGCCAGGAGGGCUGUAAAGACCCUCAACCUCCUGAAUCCACCACCACAAGUCCACCCUUGCCCCCCCAAACCCUCCGUUUGCCACAACCCCAGACUCUGUCCCCUCUUCGUACUCAAGCAAACAGUCCCACCCAGGUUCCAGUCUCGACCCACCUGCUGUCUCACUCAGAGGCUCUCCCCAGGCCUCUGACGCCUCCAGCCCUGCCUCUUCCCCACGGCCAAGAGCCCUCACUGCCCCCCCUUCCCCAGCCCCAGCCUGACCAGCCUAUUCACAGCAGGCCUCAGCCCACGCAAAGUCUUCACCCACACCCACCAUCUCCUGCCCUUCCUAAUCACCACCAGCACCACCCUACUCAAGCGGGUCCUCACCGGCCCCUGUCACGCUGCCAGCCCCGCCCACUUUCUGCCUACAACGGCCUCAACCUCAACGGUCACAGCAGCAGCAGGAGCAGCACUCCCGGCACCAAGCUCCACGGGCCCUCUCCCUCCCUGCACCUUCCCCACCACCCACCUGCUCCUCCGGUGGCAGCAGCAGCCUCUACCUUCCCCCUGCCACUAGCUGCCAACCACAGCGCCCCCGGCUUCCCCCCUGCCUUGCAGCCCUCGCCACAUUCCCAUCAUCCCAAUAUGUUUGCGACUCCAGCUGCAUUGCCUCCACCGCCACCACUAACGUCUAGCGCCCUGCCAGUACCUGGACAUCCUGCCGCUGGGAGUGCCUACUCCGAGCAAGACCUUCUACGUCAGGAGCUCAACACGCGUUUCCUGGCCUCCCAGAGUGCAGACCGCGGCGCAUCGCUGGGCCCUCCGCCCUACCUGCGCACCGAGUUCCACCAGCACCAGCAUCAGCACCAGCACCAACACACCCACCAGCACACGCACCAGCACACCUUCACGCCAUUCCCCCACGCCAUCAUGCCCACCCCAGCACCGCCCAUGGUGCGUACCCCUGCCAGAAAUUUUGACAAAUACCCAACAAAAGUUGACCCCUUCUACAGACACAGUCUCUUCCACUCAUACCCACCAGCCAUGUCUGGUCUUCCUCCAGUCAUUCCCCCGACCGGACCCUUCAGCUCACUGCAGGGGGCCUUUCAGCCCAAGACCUCCAAUCCUCUGGAUGUGUCCACCAGACCUGGAGCCAUCCCACAGACAUUUUUACAGAAGGAUCCCAGGCUAACAGAUCCAUUUCGGCCCAUCCUGAGGAAACCAGGAAAGUGGUGUGCCAUGCACGUUCAUAUUGCUUGGCAGACGUACCACCACCAACAGAAAGUAAAGCAGCAGAUGCAGGUCGACCCUCACAAGCUAGACUUUGGCCUCAAGCCCGAGUUUCUAAGUCGACCUCCAGGCCCCAGCCUCUUUGGAGCCAUCCAUCAUCCCAGUGAUUUGGCUCGGCCCGCCACGCUCUUCUCUGCCACAGGUCCUACACACCCAUCAGCUGCUGCUUUUGGUCAUCCACCCCAUCAUCCUGGAAACUUUCUUACCCCAGCAUCACACUUAGAGCCUUUUGGUAGGCCGUCAUCAUUUGGAGGACUGGGAUCUCUCAGUUCGUCAGCCUUUGGGGGUCUAGGAAAUCCAGCACUCAAAUCCCUACCAGCGGCCAACUCGGUGUUCGGCCACAAAGAUGGCCCCAAUACGCCGCAGCACUUUAACAGCAGUGGGAACAGCAACCAUCAGGAGCCAUGGAACCGCCUGCACCGCACACCGCCCUCCUUCCCCACGCCGCCUCCCUGGCUAAAGCCUGGAGACUCUGAGAGGAGCGCCUCAGUCAGCUCACAUGACCGGGACCGAGACUCUGACAAACGAGACUCAUUGGUUGGUAAAGAUGACAAAGACAGGGAUUCUCUAGAAAAGCGUCAGCCAAGCCAUCCGUCUCCUGUACCCGUUCAUCCCAUCAACCUCCUGGGACACAGCCGGCCCCCUGAGCACCACAGGAACCACCUGCCACCUGCUUCUGGAGAGCCUCAGAGGGACAAGGAGAACAAGGCCAAAGACCGAGAGAGGGAGCACUUGGACUCUUGGAAAGACAAUGGAGCAGACGACCACAAACUAAAAGAAAGCCAGCACAGUGACAAGGACACUCCUGUCAUUCACGAUGGCAGAGUGUCAGAGGAUAAAGUGUCCAACCGGGGGACAACGUCGCCGUACAUUCGUCAGACCAGUCUGGAGCGUCCCAACAGUGGUCUGAGCAGGGACGUCCUGGAGAAGAAGGCAGAGCUGUCGUACGAACAGCAGAAGAAGAAUAAUGAGGUGAAAGUAAAGGAGGAAAAGAAGGAGGAGCAGGACGGAGCCACAGAGAGACCAAGUGAGCCCCCGCCACAGGCCCCCUCCACACCCACUCUCCACCCUCCCUCUUCAAUGCCUCUGCCCAUGGGCAUGGCUGGUGUCCACCCCAUCAACAGCAUCAGCAGCUUAGAGAGAACUCGUGUAGUGGCCCCGUUCAUGGGGACGAGCCCCAUCGCAGGAGCUGAGAGGUUUCCCUACCCGGCCUUCCACUGGGACCCCAUGAGAGACCCCUACAGGGGCCUGGACAUUCACAGACGGGACCCUUUGGCCAGGGACCUGCUGCUAAGGAAUGAUCCUCUCCACCGGCUAGCGGUGCCGCGCCUCUACGAGGUGGAGCGCUCCUACAGGGACCGUGAGCCCCACGACUUUCACCGUGACCAUGCCCACUCCCUGGUGCUGGAGCAGAGGAGGGAGCAGGAGCGCGCCCACCUGGAGGAACGAGAGCGCCUCAACAUGCUCAGAGAGGACUACGAGCACGGACGCCUCCACCCACCCAUCCACCACCCCGCCCUGGAAGGCCACCUCCCCCACCCUGCCCCGGCCCUCAUGGCCCCCGGGCUCCCGGGCAUACACUACUCCAGGGUGAGCCCCUCGGCAGCGGCAGCAGCUGCAGCUGCCCAUCACAAUAGCCUCCUUAACAAACCCCCCCCAACAGCAUCUUUAAGCGCUCCGCCCCCCCUCAUCCCCACGCUGGGUGUCCGGCCUGGCUCGCCCAGACGGACUACACCCCUGGCCACAGAUAUCAGAGACAGAGCGGCUCACAAAGACAUUGAGGCACGGUGAGCUGUGCCUGAACAGACCGGGUGCCCCCCUGCAGUCCUGUGCCUCACCAACAUUUAACUCACACCAAGCACUUAACUUUGGACAAAGCAAGCCUGUAACAUCGCUGUGAAUAAUUUAUGUGGCCAGAGAAAGGCCUGAAUUGUUUUUGAAUAAAACUAUGAAAAAGAAAACUUUUUUCCCACAGUUUUCUCUGUUUUUGUGUGCAUUCUUUCUCCUGUAUAGCAAAGUGACGUCAUGUAUGACUAAUUUUGGAAUGUACAGGUACUUUAGCACUGACACUUGUGUGUAGAUAAUGUGUACAGUCGCUGUGCUCACUCUGUAUGGAUUAAAAUCAUGGGACAAAUAUGCAAAAUGUUGUUUUAAAAGCUUUACUUUGAAUAAUUGUAAAUAUAGGAGUAUUAAGGCUGUGAUUCAGAAUGUUCUUCUGGCGAUUUUUUUUUAUUAUUAUUAUUAUUUUUAACUUCAGAUUCGCAUGAACCAGAGACCCCAUGUUCAACUAUGCAAACUGUCUGGGUUCCCUUUUUAAAAAGCUGGCAUUUCACAGCACUGCUGACUGUGCUCCAAUAAAAGGCUGUAUUCUCUCCACAACCCAACCUGUACACAGGGAGCGUCCACGCUAACACCAUGUGAUCCACACAGGGUUUGUAAUUUUAAACUAAAUGAUUUCAGAAUAAUAUCUGAUGAUAAACUGUAGUGACAAUCUAGAAAAUGAAUUUCAAAGGCUUCUGUUUAAUGUAAAAACAACAACAAGACAGAUUUAUUCUUACUUUAGCCUUGUUCUGAGGAAAAUUCAGCCUGUUUGGAUGGCAGCACAUUCACCCAACCAGAGGAGUGUAAACAAAAUCUGUUGGUCCAACGGUGUGUUCAAGUGCUUUUUUUAAGGUUGUACCUAUAAAAUCAAAACAGCAACUGUUUGCAAGUUGGAAACAAACUGCAGAGAUCUAUUUUAGUAGUCCACUGAAGGUUUAGUUGUGCGCUUCAAACUCUGUGAUAUCAUGUUGUGCAGUGUUUGUUUUUUGUUUUGUUUUUUUAAUCUAACUACAAAAUGUCCACCAGAGCCAUAGUGGUUAGUCAAUGAGUAUUGCAAAAAGAUUGUCAAAUGAAAACCUCUUUUGCUGUUUACUGUGUACAGGAGAAAAAAAUUCUUUCUAGAUCAUGUACAAAAAUGAAAAAAAAAAUUAAGCAACUGAAUCUACAGCAUGUUCCUCAUUUAAACUUGUGUUAUGUAAAUUGUGCCAUGUUAUUAAAAAUGUGUACUUGCCGA